AUGGAUACUGAUACAUCGCAAUCAAAAUGCACAAAAUGGAGUCUUUUAAACAAAUAUUUUAAGGAAACAUUGCAAAGUGCUGAUGGUAAUAAUAUUACAUUUAAAUGCUUGCUAUGUAUUCCUAAAGAAAAACUCAUCUCUACUUCGACUUCUUCUAAUUCAAAUUUAAGAAGCCAUAUUAAAAAUGUUCAUCCAAGUCAAUUGUCAGAGUUUAAUAAGUACGGAAAAAAAUGUGGCAUAAUAUUGAUGAAAAUUGAAAACCCUGCUGCAAAUAAACAGUCGAAGCUAGAAGAAGUAAGAAAAAUCUCUAAAAAAUUGAACCAAACCGAAUUUGACAAAGCUAAUAUUUAA